ACGCGAUCAUAAAAAGGGAAAGCUCUUCCUGGUUCGCGUCCCCUUCCCCGAAAAAAAGCUUACUUGGUGCUUGCUCCCGAAGCCAAAACCCUAGAGCUAUUACAGAGGUCGAGGACGCGGAUUUUCUGCUGUUCUUUCGAUCCCUUGGUUUCCUCUUCAUAUCUGAUAGAUUUGACGAGUAAAAGCUCUUAAUUUCGUUUGGAAGAUUGGUGCUCUCAGCUGAUAGCAGGAAAAAGGAGAUCGAGCGAUGACGGCGAUUGCGCUGAAGUCUUUGCCCCUGGGGUUUCGGUUCCACCCCAAGGACGAGGAGCUCGUGAACCACUACCUCAAGAACAAGAUGACAGGCAGGAUCAAGUCCGAGGUGGAGGUCAUCCCAGAGAUUGAUGUCUGCAAGUGCGAGCCGUGGGAACUUCCUGAAAAAUCCUUGAUCAAGUCGGAGGAUCCUGAAUGGUUCUUCUUUGCGCCGAAGGAUCGGAAGUAUCCGAGUGGUCACAGGUCCAACCGCGCGACCAAGCACGGAUACUGGAAGGCUACUGGGAGGGACCGAGUGAUACGGUCUUCUGGGGGAAAGGGUUCGGUCAUCGGCAUGAAAAAGACGCUGGUUUUCCACAAAGGACGAGCUCCCAAGGGCGUCCGGACUUACUGGAUUAUGCAUGAGUACCGCACCACCGAGCCGGAAUUUGAGUCUGGUGAUAAGGGAAGUUAUGUUCUUUAUCGCUUAUUUAACAAAAAGCCUGAGGACAAAAGUCCCAGCUCCAACACUGAAGACAUGGAGAUCCAUGAUUUUUCUCCUGAUGGAAUGCAGAACGGUAAAGAUGGUGUAGAGGUAAUUGAAAUUCAUUCAAACCAUGAAUCUCCAUCGUCUGACUUGCAAGAAGAGCCAAUAUCAGAUCCCGGUUCAGUUCAAAAGCAGCUUGCUGGCAUUGAGAUGUGGUUGGCUGACAAAGGUGACUGUUCUACUAGGGCCCCUGUAAGACCAGAGACAGGUCAUUAUAAUAUGAUUUUGCCUGAGGAAGAGAUUAAAUUGGGAGGAAAGGCUGAUUCUCUCCAAAAAAUUUUCUCCGGACUUUGUGAUGAAGUGCAUGAACAAAUAGGUCAUGGUUUUUCCAAUUUCAGUUCUCCAAUGCUGCAAUUCUCAGAAAAUCCUUCCAUCAGUGACAUGAACCAGGAAUUCCAUAUAGGAUCCAAUCAAUUUGAUAACGAUGACUACCUGGAUGCAUUCUUGAGCUCAGCACUCGAGUCAGAUGAUUGUUCUUCUGCUGCAUGUAUCUUUCCCAAAGAGACACACACUGACUGUUUAGUGAAAGAUUCAGCAUCUUGCAAGGAUAGUGGAUCAAACAGUGAAAUAGAGAUUGAACAAUAUUUAACUCAGGGCGCUACUUCUCAGUGGUUUCAUGGGUCAUCUCUUGGGCCAAAUGAUGUAUUGCCAAUGGAUGGUUCUUCUGAAUAUCCUGAAUCAACAACCCAGUUAAGCACCCUUUAUGAAACUAAUCUGCUUCUUUAUGACACUAUUGGACCAGAUGUGUAUUCAGUUGACACCAGUGCAGAAUCCUUGGAAGAUCUGUUCAAUAACAUUGAGGACUCCAAUAAUCUGAGUAAAUUAUCUGGUACUAUAGAAGAUGUUGAGAUGCCUGGAAUUAAGAUCAGGAGUCGUCUACCACCUCAUCCUGAACCAAACUCGAGCAAUUCAUCCAUAAAGCAGGGCAUAGCAGGAAGAAGGCUCUGUCUGCAAGCUUCCAUCAGGAAUGCACAACCUACUAGUGUCGAUGAUGCUGAAAGUAAAAUUAGAAUUGAUGACGAAGAUAAGAAAUCAACUCCAAAAGCAACACAAACUUUGUGUGGUAGCAUUGACGAAUCUUCUUCUGAUAAGAGUAUAACAGAUAAAUUUGAUGAGAGUUUUGAGACUGGAAUCAAGGUAAGAGCUCGACAAGUUGAACAUUCUCCAAACCCAAUUCCUCCACCGGAUAAGGUUUCAGGAUGGAAGUUCGAGCUGCAAUCAGCUUCUGACAGUGAAUCACAUAGAGAUAACAAUAAAGAGGAAGUGGAAAAUAUAGAGCAACAUGCUGGAGAGCAUUUGGUUGAUAAAAUAUCUGAAGCCAAGGAGAAUGCUUUGCCUACUUUUCUCCAGGAUCUUUCUAUUCACGAUGCAGAUGAAACAGCUAGUUCUUCAAGCAACUACCAACAACCUGAACCUAUGCUGAGGUUUAGGAAAAAAUCACCAAAUGAAGUUGGCAAGUCAGUAAAGCAGUCUUCAAGCUCAAUGCCUUCGACCAGUCAUUCAGCCGUUGCUCAUGCAAUCUAUCUGGUUCUCUCAGUGGUGGUCUUGCUACUUGGUUUGCAGAUUUAUAGGUUAAUGAACUCCACUGUUGAGUAGCUAUUUAGUAGCUCUAUGUUAUUUUCCCUUUUUUGUCGUGAUGAUACAUGAGGUUUGCAAACUAGCUUUAUUUCUCUCUUUAUUGUUCUUUUUAUUUUUGUUGGCUAAAUCAUGUUUACCCUUCAAUGGCAUGUAAUUUUGUAUCUUCUAUUUUGUAAAAUAUAUGUUUUUUAUUGUCUCCUA